CUCUCUCUCUAGCUCUAACAAAUUUUUUUGUUUACAUAAUGUGUAAGCUAACUACUUCUAUCCCCUGCAAUUCAUCAGAUUCCCCUUACGUCCUCCUCACAAUCCUAGAAUCAGGGGACAGCAUGCGCAAGGCCCCAUUACUAUCCAGAGCCCAAGCAUCACAAGAGAAGAAAAAUUCUUCAUACAGAAACUUGAAAACACAGAAAACCCUGCUGACUUUGGCCUUCAUAGAAGCCAUUUCCAUAGCCAAAAUUGCUCUCCCUAUGAUACUUACAGGCCUUUUGCUUUACACUCGCUCCAUGAUCUCCAUGCUCUUCCUUGGCCGCCUAGGUGAGCUCGAAUUAGCCGGAGGUUCCCUCGCUGUUGGCUUCGCUAACAUCACCGGCUACUCUAUUCUCUCCGGCCUUGCUAUGGGAAUGGAACCAAUUUGUUCCCAAGCUUUUGGUGGCAAAAAACAUACUCUUUUAGGCCUCACCUUGCAAAGAACGGUUCUUUUGCUCAUGCUUAUUUCAAUACCUAUUUCACUUCUCUGGCUAAACAUGAAGGAAAUCCUUCUUUUUUGUGGUCAAGAUGAGACUAUUGCUAGAGAAGCACAAUCAUAUCUUUUCUAUUCACUCCCUGACCUAUUAGCUCAAUCCCUUUUGCACCCAUUACGCAUCUAUCUUCGAUCACAAUCUAUUACUCUGCCCCUAACUUUUUGUGCCACUCUAUCAAUUAUCCUUCACAUACCCAUCAACUACCUCCUUGUUUCACACCUAGACUUAGGAAUCAAAGGGGUUGCUUUAAGCGGAGUUUGGACUAACUUCAAUCUUGUAGGUUCUUUGAUCAUCUACAUCCUUAUCUCUGGCAUCCAUAAGAAAACUUGGGGAGGCAUUUCAUUGGAGUGCUUGAAAGAAUGGAAACCUUUGUUAAAUAUGGCUAUUCCAAGCUGCAUUUCAGUCUGCCUGGAGUGGUGGUGGUACGAGAUCAUGAUUUUGCUAUGUGGGCUAUUGAUAAAUCCCAGAGCAACCGUGGCAUCCAUGGGCAUUUUAAUCCAGACCACAGCGCUUAUCUACAUAUUCCCAUCAUCGCUAAGCUUCAGUGUAUCCACCAGAGUUGGUAAUGAACUAGGUGCUUACCAGCCCAAGAAAGCAAAACUAGCAGCCACUGUAGGCCUUUCUUUCAGCUUCAUAUUGGGAUUCACGGCACUGUUAUUCGCAAUUAUGGUGAGGAACAGUUGGGCUAGCAUGUUCACACAAGAUAAAGAAAUUUUAGAAUUGACAUCACUGGUUUUGCCGAUAAUUGGUCUUUGUGAGCUUGGAAACUGUCCGCAAACAACAGGCUGUGGAGUUCUGAGAGGGACUGCAAGGCCUAAAGUUGGAGCACACAUCAACUUGGGUUGCUUUUACCUAGUGGGAAUGCCAGUGGCAAUUUGGUUGGGUUUCUAUGCAGGGUUAGACUUCCGAGGACUGUGGCUGGGGCUUUUAGCAGCGCAGGGCUCUUGUGCUGUGACCAUGUUGGUGGUAUUGGGUCUCACAGAUUGGGGCUUAGAAGCCAAGAGAGCCGAAGAGCUGACCGGAGCCGUCCUUGUUGUUGAUGACAGCCAGAAGGUAUUCAAAGCUGAAAUCAAGGAGCAUAUUUUAAUUUUAUCCGGGGACGUAGAUCAAACUAAAGAGGUUGAAGAACAGAAGAAAUUGAAAGCUGAAAUCAAGGAGCCUAUUUUAAAUUUAUCCAAGGACGUAGAUCAAACUAAAGAGCUUGAGGAACAGAAGAAAUUGAAAGCUGAAAUCAAGGAGCAUAUUUUAAUUUUAUCCGGGGAUGUAGAUCAAACUAAAACUCGCCUAAACAAGAGAGGCAGAUUAGAAAAUUUUGAAACUUACUUUGGUAAUCUUUUUGACACACCUUUGCCUUCACCUUCUUCAUCAAUCAUGGGUGAUGAAACACGUAAUAAUCAUGAGGAGAAUAGAAGAACUAUGUAUGAAUUGUUGCAUCCCAGACAAAAUUCUGUUCCUUCAUGCAUCAUGUUUCCACCUAAUGCACCACAUGUAGAACCGAAACAAGGUUUAUUAGCAAUACUUCCUGACUUUAGGGGACAAGAAAAUGAAAAUCCUUAUGUCCAUGUUAGAGCUUUUGAGGAGCCAAAUAAUUCUUCAUAUUCUGACAAUUAUAACCCAAAUAUGCGAAACCAUCCGUAUUUGAGUUAUAAGAGUGACAAUGUGUUGAAUCCUCCUACUCCAAGGAAUUUUAAUUCACCACAUGCAUCAUCAUCAUCAUCAUCUAGACCUUCCUUGGAGGAUGAACUUAGUACUUUCAUUCAAAGGCAAAGUGAGCAAAAUCAAAAAUUUGAAUCCAUGAUCACUAGGCUAGAUGAAGAGACCAAAAUUGAAAAAGAGAAGGAUAAAAUUGAGUCACUUGGGCUUGAUGACAUUGAACAAUGCCCAAUCCCACCACCAUUUCCGGAAGCCUUAAAAUUACCAAGGAAAUUGGACACCGCAUCUGAGAUACUAGAGCAUUUGCAUCAAGUCAAGAUAAAUUUGCCAUUAUUGCAUGUUAUCAAGCAAGUGCCUGCAUAUGCCAAGGUAAUUAAGGACCUAUGCACCAUCAAGAGAAAGCAUCAUGUGAAGAAGACCGCAUUCCUAACAGAGCAGGUAAGUGCAGUUAUCCAACAUGAGACCCCACCAAAGUAUAAGGAUCCAGGUUGUCCUACGAUCUCUUGUAAUAUUGGAGAUUACAUCAUGGAGCAUGCAUUGCUAGAUCUUGGGGCAAGUGUUAAUUUGAUCCCUUUUAGUGUAUAUCAAAAACUUGGACUUGGUGAGUUGAAACCUACUUCAAUAACUUUACAGUUGGCUGAUCGCUCUGUGAGGGAACCGAGAGGGAUUGUUAAGGAUGUGUUAGUGAAAACUGAACAAUUUUAUUAUCCUGUUGAUUUUAUUGUUCUUGAUUACCAACCUGUUUUACAUCCUAGUGUUCAUACCCCUAUUAUUUUAAGUAGACCUUUUUUUGCCACAGCUAAUGCUUUAAUUAAUUGCAGGAAUGGGAGAAUGCAACUCACUUUUGGUUCCAUGACUUUGGAGGUAAACAUAUUUCAUGUGGCUAAACAACCACAUAAGGAUGAUGACUGUGCUUAUAUAAACCUCAUUGGGGCAGUGGUUCAAGAAAAGUUUAACAAGAAUUGUUUUUCUGAUCCUCUUGAAAUUCUUCUUAAUAAUUCUAUUGGUUCUUAUGAUUUAGAAUGUGAUAUUCAUGUAUCUGAAAAUUUUUCUUUGUUGGAUUCCUCACAGGUUUUGGAAGAACAAUAG